AUCAUACAGCUAAUCAAACCAUCCCAAAACAGCUACGAAACAGAGGAAGAAGGUUUCGUGGGGGAAACAAAAACAGAGUAACUCUGCUUUUUCACUAUGGCGUUUCUCAAGUACUCUGCCGCCACAACACUCCUGCUGGCGAUCGUCGUAGCUCUGGCGGUGGUGGUGGUGGUUCAGGCGCAGCAGGCGUGUCCAGUCCAGCUCAGCAACCUCAACGUCUGCGCGCCGUUCGUCCUGCCCGGCGCCGCCGCUCCCAGCUCCGAAUGUUGCUCGGCGCUCCAGUCCGUCCAGCAAGACUGCAUGUGCAGCACUCUGCAGAUCACUGCUCGCCUUCCUUCACUCUGCAAACUCCCUCCCAUUGGCUGCGCCGCUAACUAGUCGAGUGGGUACAGAGCUCCCAUUUCCUGCUAAAACGUGGCUUGACUUGAUUACUGAUCAGCGGCUUUGUUUGUUGCGUUUGCAGAUGCUUGGGAGAAGAUGGAACGAAGCCGAUCAGUGGCCGUCCGCAGAAUAAUGUCAGAGAUUCCCCCCCAUGAUUACAACUUCAUCUUCUAGUUUUCGUUUUGUGUUUUUGUUUUACUCACAAUCGGCUUGUACACCGAUCUGAUCUACAACCAAGCACAAGAAUUUGGUUUUUGAGAAAUAAACAAACUGAAUCGGAAAAGUGCAGAAUAAUUAAUGAGGUGAUUCGUGACUGAACUCAACAAUUGUGUUUACAGGGUUUUUCUUUUCAUGCAAUUCGGUUCUGCGAUUCCAUAGUUGAUACCUGUUUCUCUAGCUAUUAUUUAAUGAUGAUGGAGUAUAUCAAUAAUCUUCAUUUCAUAAACAUUGAUAAUUUUA